AUGCCAAUUUGUACUACUCCACCAAAACAAUUAGGCGCAUGACAGGAAUGCGGUUUCGGCGCCCGUACCUCGUCUCACCUCCCCGCGCUCUCCCUAGUGACGCGCAGUCGUGUACUCGCGCUCUGCAGUUACACCACGUGCUUUCGCGCCUCCUAAAAUUUUCGUUGUCAGUUGGGUUUUUGUUGAGUUUGUGUUGUUAAUUUUUGUUAAAUAAUUGUUAUUAAUUCAUUCUGUGUUGUUUAAAAGUCCCGUGUUGUUUUUGUUGUUGAUAUUUUUUGUUAACCUCAUAAUGGGUAGGAAAAAAACUAUCCGUGGGUCCGAAAGGACAAUGAUAUUAAAAGUAUUACAUUUUUUUGAGGAAGAAAAGUUGCAUGGAAUAGCUAUUCCAAUAUCUCAAGUGGAAAAGCGAGUGUGUACGGCUACUGGCAUUAGUCGACGCACAUUGGCCAGAAUAAAAAACGAGGAAAAAGAAGUUUUGGAGAAACUAAGGCUUUCACCACAGCCGGGUACGUCAAGCGAAGCCCCAACAGAGACAGUCAAAUUACCCACUCCAGGGAAAAAGCGAAAACAAAAGAAAAAGCUGGAAAUUGAUGACUUCAUGAUUUGUGCAAUUAAAACAAAAAUUGAAAGCUUUUAUGACGUGUACAAAGAAGUGCCUACAUUGAAAAAAAUUUUAAACGUUGUUAAGAGAGAUCUUAACUUUCCUGGUCAAAGAGAGACCCUGCGAAAAAUUAUAACAGAAAGUUUGGGAUUUAAAUUCAAAAAGUGCUCCAAAAAACGAGACGUGCUCAUAGAAAGACCUGAAAUAGCAGCGUGGCGUGCACGUUACUUAAGAAGAUUAAAAGAAAACGACGACUUGGGCCCGGAAAAAAAACCUGUUAUUUUUACCGAUGAAACAUGGGUCCACUCGCAUUACACUGUCAACAAGUGUUGGCAAAGUCAAACGGUCCCAGGCAUAAGAAAAAACGAUAGUGCUGGCCAACGCUGGAUAAUCGUUCACGCAGGAGGAGAGACUGGGUUCGUCGAAGGUGCAGACUUAUUAUACAAAUGUAAAAGUAGUAAAGGGGAUUACCACGACGAAAUGGACACAGAAAACUACACGAAAUGGUUAACCGAAAAACUAAUUCCAAAUUUGCCACCUAACAGUAUUGUUGUCAUAGACAACGCGCCCUACCACAGCAAGCAAUUAAAUAAGCCUCCUACUAUGGCCGCUCGUAAACAAGACAUGCAGAAUUGGCUGAGCGAGAGAAACAUUACGUUUGACCCGCGAAUGACAAAGGCUGAGUUGAAUUAUAUUAUAAUUCGCAACCGACCGGAAAAAGAAUAUUUAGUGGACAAACUUUUAGAGGAGAGCGGUCACGAAGUCCUCAGACUUCCACCAUAUCAAUGUGACCUCAAUCCUAUUGAGUACAUUUGGAACCUGGUCAAACAAAGAGUCGCCGACAAGAAUGUCGAUCAGUCAGAGAGACAAAUCGAAAAACUAGCCAGGGAAGCCAUACAAUCAAUAACGCAAGACGAUUGGAAAAAAGAAAUUAAUCACGUGGACCGGUUACGGAAGGCGUACUGGGAAAAGCAAGGUUUAGAAGACGCAAGAGAGUUAGUCAUAAAUGUAAAUGACGACAGCGAUGACAGUGAUUUGGAAUCACAUUCAGAUUUUGAAAGAAUGUCAGGGAUUGAAGAAUUAGAUUCUGAUUAGAACAAUUUUUCAAAUUAUUCCAAUAAAUAAAGUACAUUUAAUCAAUUAGGAGUUUUAUUAUUUCCUUUGCACACACAGUUCUCUGUU